CAUGAGUAGUGGUCGGUCGGUGAGUGGAAGACAGAUCAAUUGUGCAUCGGAACAACCACCCGUUGCUUCAUCUCCUGCACUAUUCCAAGCCUGAAGAAUGGAUGGCCAAUGAUUCCAGGGAAUGAAGGCUACAAUCUCGCAGGUUUACUUUGGAUUAAGUUUCAGCAUCGUUCUUCUAUUAGGUAUUUCCAUCGGAGAGCUUGGGGGAUCUACACCGUCUGAAGGUCUAGAAAACCUGAAGACAUCAUUGGAUACGCUGAUUCGGGGAAACGAAGCAGAAACAAGCCUAAUGUCGGGGCAAUCAUUGCAUGAAGAGCGGCUGAGCUGGUUGGACGCUCUGUGUAACAGGCUCCAUGUGCAGAUGACUGCAGCCAGGGACCCAAUUACGCAUUUCGAGAAGGAUCUCUUUCGCAAGGCUUCGGCGGCCUGUGUCACAGUCAUUGACCAGGAAGUAAAGGUUGUCUGACAGCUAUCGCUCUCGAACAGUCAGAUUGGUGGAAGCAUCCUAAAGAUUGAGUGAUGAAGAAUAGCUACAUUACGGCAACCCUUUUUUAUUUGGUUGGUUGGUCUCACCGUUGGUAAAACAAAGUGAUAGAUCGACAUUUGACACGGUGCGAUGCCUUCGCCGCUAGAGAUUUGUG